AGAAUCCACAACGAAAGUUGCUCUCACGCGCGGAAUAUUAACAUAUUGCUGAAAAAUGGCGGAUCCGAAAUAUGCCAACCUUCCUGGAAUCGACACCCAGCCAGAUCUUUAUGAGACGAGUGAUCUACCAGAAGAUGACCAACAGCGUGAAAUCGCGGAAUUAAGCAGUGAAUCCGUUGAAAGGUUGACCAUCAAUACUAAAGAGGCUUUCAACAAAUUCCAGGACAAGAAGAUUCUUGCUGGACAAGUUGAUUUUUCAGAUCGAAUCAGCCAGGCCAGACGCACAGGAUACAUUGCCGAUAAGAACGAGUAUGAAAUCUUGGAAGAUGGAUAUCAAGCCAGGGAGACACCAGUGCAGAGGUUUCAAAGAUUACAACAUGAAAUCAGAGAAUUAAGUCAAGAUGUAGAGAAACUACAGACAACAGCCAAGGAAGCAUCUUCGGGAGUAGGGGCAUCCCCAGCCGCUUUGAUGCAAGAUAUCGGUGUGCUACAGCAGCAGCUCUAUGGACUUCAUCUGGAGAAAGUCCUGGGGAACGAGUCUGUCAUAGAAGCUGCUGAUCCUCAAGGCUCACUUCCAAAGAAACUGUUCAACCAGCUGGAUGCUUUCAAGAAAGAAGCAAGCCAACCGUCGACCCCUCCUAAGAAGGGGACACAGGAGAGUAAAGAUGGGCAUGUCACCUAUGAACUCUACUAUAGACCUGAACAAAACAAGUUCAAUCAAGUAUCAAAGGGAGCUGAACUUGAGCAAAGAUUGAAUAGAUUGGAAGCCAUGCUUGGUCAAGAUCCACAAAAGCUUGCAUCACUGACAGCCGAUUCUAGUUCAAAGAGUCUGGUGGAAUCUGUAAGUCAACUUCAAGCCAAGGUAGCCAUCUUGGACAUUGGUCAAGUGGACAACAUUGAGGCCAGGAUCCAGGGUCUACUCCAACGGCUGGACCAGGUCUCGGAGAAAAAGUCUGCUGUGGAAGAUGCAGGAAAGGAUAGUAAGAUAUCUGCACUCUAUGAAAUGGUUCAGAAAUGGGAUAGUAUAGCAGACACCUUACCUAAAGUAGUAGACAGACUACAGGCACUCAAAGAGCUACAUGAACAAGCUUUACAAUUCAGCCAAGCACUUAGUCAGUUAGACAUUGCCCAGCAGCAACUCACUUCUAGUAUGGGAAGCCAAGAUACAUUACUCAAACAGCUGAAGGACUCCUUUGCCGCCAACCUAGCCGCCAUCCAGGCCAACUGUGAAUCAUUAGAAAGUAGGAUGAAAGCCGUCAAAAAAUAGGAAUAUACUCUGAACUAAGCCGUAGAAUUAAGAAUAAUAACUUCCACUUAAAAGAUAAUGCAUUCCCAGCAUCUCCCCCGUAAUAUUGCUUAACUCUCAAUCUAUCAAAUUCUGUCAUCCCCAUAACAUUUGAACAAGGACUACCUGGUUUUAAUCUGGAAUGGACUUGCUUAGUUUGCAGGCAUAAUCUAUUUCCUGUUGUCACAACAGUGUCUAAAUUUGAGACUAUGGCGAGGUCACACUACCCAACUCACUAUAGGCCGUGCACGUAUGCUGCGCUUGUUGCAGCAAAAAUUACAAAUUUAGGCUUAGCUCAAGGUCUUAAAUUGCAGCAUAUGCCUGCUGACUUUGGAAAUUAAAACUCAGAACUUAGCAUUGAUAAAUUGCUAUUUAAGCUUGCCAUUGUCAGAUCUGUGUGAAAAAACCCAAAAUUUCUUCAGCAACUUGAUGGGAUCUAAUAAAAUGAAAAUGACAAUAGAGUCUUUGCACUUGGUGUGUAUUGACAAUGAAUAAAAUGGUAAUAUUCUCCUUUUUUAUCUUUAAAGGUCAAGUCCACCUCAGCAAAAUGUUGAUUUUCUCUUUUUAUUCAAAUCAAAUUUUUGUUGGGAUGGACUUGUCCUUUAAGUACGACUUCAAAGUCCUGCUUCAACGUCAAAGAGCACACAGUAUCUUAUGCGUAACCUCAUGGAUGUAUAUGCUAUGAUGUGCAUCCACUGAGCAUGUAUCACAUGCGAUUGGGAAUUGAAAGCGAUUUUCUGGCACAUUUUAACUUUUUGUGAAACACGACUCCGUUCUCUUUAUACCAAGUUUCCACUUAAGUAUUAAAGAGAUCAUUGCAAUGUAUCACAUAUGGUAUGAAUCAAUGAUUUUAUUGUUUAAGAUUAUAUUAAUGUCCCGUUGCACUCAAUGUUAUUGGGUGCCUACGUUAAACUGUAUAUAACAAGAUGUAUUAUUGUACAGUAGUGUUAGUAGUAUUUAUAAUUUUAUUUCAUGUACAGAAUUUUAAGGGUGUGAACGGUUCUGUCUGAAAUGGCCUGUCUACUUCACUUUCUGUUGAGUAAAAAUGGAUUUAUCAUUUUCCUUUUUGUGCUUGUUUUUCGUUUCCUCUUACCUGUUUGCAGUUCUUUGAAACCAUUGAUUCAUUGGACUGUUCAGCUCGUCCCAACUAUAUGAGUUACAAUCCAACUGUGACCGAUUUUUCCAAAAACAAAUUGCAUUUUAUAUUGGAUAAGAAAGUUCUCAUAGGUAGAAUCAUCUCAAUUGAUGGAGCUAUUAUGAGCAGGUUUCAUAGUUACGUUUGAAGAAUGAAUCAUGAAGUAGAAGAAAGGAAUGUCUAUCGAGACAUACAAUCGGUGGAUUCCAAAUACGAUGCGCCAUCUAUGGGUUGCAGUGGACAGGCCGAAAGUUGACAUCUGUUGCGCGUGCUAGUACUAUAGUGUUUGGAUGCAUGUGAUAGUUCAGUGGUGGCCAACGUGGCUUGACCGGCUUGCAUAAUUAGGCCUAUGCCCUUUAAUAGGUUCCAAAAGGUGCGAGAGAAAUUUCUUUGUGAAAUUAGAUCGUUUUCGGUGAAUUCUUCAUCCACCUAAUUGCAAUAUGGUUUUCAUUUUUGAAGCACCACUCUCAUAUGAUACAGUGACUAGCACUGUGCGCUUCCUGCGCGCGAUGUUGAUCCCAAAGUUAGAAAUUUGGCCUGUUCGCUGCGACCGAUAGACGGCGCACCAUAUUGUGAAUCCACCAAAUUCCGCAAAUUCCAUACAUGUCAAUCUGCCCAAAGGGACAUUGCAAGAAAAUAUUUACUAUCGCAAAUUUUCUUUGCAAUUUUUCAAGUGAUAGAUCACUUUCACUUAUAGCAUGUGAGAAGCAGACCAUUAAUCGAGUGCAAAUUUGCAAUUAAUUGUCACACUUAUGAUUGAUUUUUGGGACCCAAAGUUGACGUGCGAUUGAUUGCAAGUUUCUUGCAAUGCCCCAUAAGUUGUAUUUCUUGGGACCAUAGAAAUUAAUUCAACUUGAUCAAAAAUGUCUUUGACUUGACGAUUAUUCGACUAAAAAACGGAAGGUAAACUAAUGUAUUCUACAAGAGAAACUACAAGAUGGUUAUGUAGAUAUCAUCAUGGAAGAGGUCUAUGAUAUAAUGAAGUUAGAUCGGGAGUGUAGACUCUUGAUUAUAUAAUUUUCUUAUUUUCUGCAAGUGCAAUCCUUCCCCCUUUUGCUUAAGCUGAUUAGCUGCGAUUCUAAGUUGUUUAGUAAAUGUAGUGGCACUCUAUUUCAUGAUUGAAAAAAAAAUGCGCCGGGGUGCUGUUUCAUAUAACUUGAUAUCUGUGGAAUUUCAUUGACAAAUUUCAACCAAUGAAAGGCCAUUAUAUCAGUGGUUUAUAACAGUCCUGAUGAAUUUAUUAAAUGGUCCAGUGGUUUAAAUAUUUCGAUGGGGCAAUUAAUAUAUAAUAUUAAAUCUUUAUAUAUUGUAUUUAUUGCUCAUAAGAAUGACCGUUGACCAACGAGAUCAGGGGUUUUAUGUAUGUAAGAGAUGACAUGGCCCCACUUUUAAGAAACUUACUAAUAACUAUGUGAAAAGCAACUGUUAAACCUACUGUUAUAAGCUACUGAAGAUCAAUGUUGACAUUUACUAAAUUUGCUUUUCCUUCUGUCAUGUUUUGUGGAAUAUAAAAAUACUGAGCAUUAUUGUAACAAAACAUGGGUAUUGUCAUGGAUGUUAUAUAAGAGAUCAUGUUUGGAAAAAAUGUCAAAUUACAAAUAUUAAAUGAUUUAAUAAAUUGUGCAAACAGA